UUAUGGUUUCAGAAAUAUAGUUUUAUGCGACUAAAAGGCACAUGUUACACACACAUAAAUCACAACUUGUUAAAAAGGUUUACGAAACAGUGGUCAAACUUAAUUCACAACAUAAAAGCAGCGUAAAAUCGUCAUAAGUUCAAAAAGGUAGCGAAUUGUUACUUGCCUCAGCGCCAACGGUCACGUAUACGCCCCCGCAGCCAUCGCGUUGAGUGAACAAGUGUGUUUGAUGCCAAAACAAUAAUGCAAAAGUGCAGUAAAUAUGUUUAAUGCACAAUAAGAGCGCAAACAUAUGUACAUAUGUAUAAUAACUCAUAAAAACGAUGUAUUUAAGUAUAAAGCAUAAAAAUUCAUAAAGUAUACAAGGGAGCGUUAAGUGUAUUGUACUAAUGUGCUUACUUAAUGCGUGUGCAUUAAAAUCAUUCUAGCGACGAUAAUUAAAUAAUUCUUUAGAGCAAACACGACGCAGGGAAAAUUUCAUUGCAUUGCAUUCUGUCAACAAUCUAAUUCGGAAUGUUCAUUUCCACUAGGGAAUAUGAAAGUGAAAAGUUCUCUAACUACUCGCAUGAGCUGAAAUCAAAGAGCACAUCGCCAACACCCACAUACGCCACCGCAAUCUCUGUGACAAGUGUAGAACCCGCUGCUGCAUCGGCAGCUGCCGGCACACUCAACUGCGAGCUGUUGAAUGAGAAUUUGAAUAUGAACAUCAACGAGAACGUGAGUCUGAUACUACCGCAAGCGCCAUCGCCUCUCACUUUCGUGUUUCAGAAUGAGAGCGCAUUCGGUGACAAUGGUACUUACGCGGUGACGCCGCGUAUUAGCUCGGAGAUUCCCAUUUGGCUGAUACCCUGUUACAGCGUGAUCUUCUUUUUUGCCAUUUUCGGCAAUCUACUCGUGAUUUCAACACUCGUACAAAAUCGCCGUAUGCGCAAUGUGACUAAUGUCUUCCUGCUGAAUCUCGCUAUAUCCGAUAUGCUGCUGGGUGUGCUGUGUAUGCCCGUUACCUUAGUUGGCACACUGCUGCGCCACUUCAUCUUCGGAGAAUUCUUUUGCAAACUUAUACAAUUUUCUCAAGCUAUGUCGGUGGCCGUUUCAUCCUGGACUUUGGUUGCGAUAUCAUGCGAACGUUAUUACGCCAUUUGCCAUCCGCUACGCUCAAGGACAUGGCAAACAAUUAAUCAUGCCUACCGCAUUAUUGGAUUCAUUUGGUUCGGCAGCAUCAUUUGCAUGACUCCGAUUGCAUUGUUUAGUCAAUUAAUUCCAACCAGUCGACAAGGCUUACGCAAAUGUCGCGACCAAUGGCCGGAGGACACCAUUGCGUAUGAGCGCUUUUAUAAUAUAUUCUUGGACUUAACAUUGCUGGUGCUGCCACUACUUGUGCUAUGUGUUGCGUAUAUCCUCAUUACGCGCACGCUGUAUGUGGGUAUGCGUGCGGAGCGCGCUUUAGUCUUUGAUGGCAAUUCCACCAACGGCAGCACGCCUGCCAAGCAGCACGACCACAGUUCAUUGGGGGCAAUUGCCACGGUCACCAAGAGCACAGCGGCCGCGCCAUCGGCCACACUACAGUCACCGUUCCUAAGGAGAUUUAAUUUGAAGAUGCCACUUCGCUGUCAUAGCAGACAAGCCAGCAUUGCAAGCUACGGUAUUAGAAGUGAUGACCAAGAUGUUGCUGCUGGAGCACAAAGUGACACAAGCUAUCACCAACAGCAUCAGCAUCGCCCGCAACAAGAACAAAACCAACUGAAGUACUACGAUGACGGCGUCAUUGAAGACAUUUCAAACAAGUCCUUCUCGACUGCAUCAGUGAAAACACCACAGAACUUGUUUGGUUUGCGUGUGCUGUCGGGUGUGGAUGCGGCAGAGCCACAAAUGGACUUGCAGCAAAAGAACUCGCGGGAAAUUCGAAAUAAUACAAUGAGAGAACUGCACGGCUACAACAACAAUGGCAAUAAAAGUGAGCCAUCAAUAUAUACCGUACAGCAGCAUACGCAUCAGCAUAGGCAGUCGCGUUUGACACUGCGUGCCAAUUUGGCCCAUCAUAACAGUAAUCAGCAGCAAAAUUUUUGGAAACCAACUCCGCUGCAAUUGCAACAGCAAUAUUUGAUGGACAAUCGACGGAUAUUCGAUUCCUCACCAAUCAUACGCAAUUCUGAAUCCGCGCUGAGAAGGUCAAACGAGGCGAAAAAUCUGGAAAGUAAAAAACGAGUCGUCAAAAUGCUUUUCGUUUUGGUGCUGGAGUUCUUCAUAUGCUGGACGCCACUGUACGUGAUCAACACCAUUGCCAUGUUUAUCGGCCCAGCUAUUUACGAGUACAUCGACUACACAUCCAUCUGCUUUUUUCAAUUGCUCGCAUACUCCUCAAGCUGCUGCAACCCCAUAACAUAUUGCUUCAUGAAUGCCAGCUUUCGGCGUGCAUUUCUCGACACAUUCAAAGGGCUACGUAUGAGCAGCGGGAAUAGCCGAAGGGUUGGGGAAGCAGGCUUCAGCGGUUGGGUCAAACGACGAAGGCGGACGACCGGUGGUGGCGACAGUGUUAGCUGCACGCAGUUACCCGCUCUCGGCACAAACAACUCGAUUUCACUGACCAAUAAUACAAUUAUUGUCCCGAACAUCAACGCAGCAAUGCACAACUCGCAAACACCACAAAGUAAUUGAAGUUGUCAACCGAAAAACGGGAAAUGUCGUUUUUAGAUUAUUUGUGGUGCAUGCAUAAGUGCAUAUGUGGAAAUGAACUCCACCAAAUUUGGAAUUUUUAAAAGUUUUAAAUGUCACAAAUAAUAAAGAGCUGAGUUGGGAUACUGCCAACCAUCACAUA